CUACAGUUUAACACUCUCUGCGUCCAUCUCUCAACCCCACCCUCUUCUACAUUAACGGCCUACUGGAUAGAGUAGUACUACUACCUAUUCAAUUGUCACUUUGUCGUUUCUAUCAUUUUAUUGUAUACGUGUAAUCGGUAUCUUGGCUGUAAUCGGGUGGAGGCGCAGGCAGCGAGUAAACUUUUGCCAAGAACCAGCUCUAUUUGCCAAGGCUGUUGUAGCCGCAUGUACUUUGCACUCCAUACAGGCACCCCAGCUGUCAAGUCCAUUCCUCUUUUCUUUCUUUCUUUCUUUUUCUUCCCACUCUUACACGGCCAAACAGCUCUCUGCUGUGGGUGUACCUGGACACGUGCGAGACCCAAGGCAGGAGGUAGAGCACGUGUUACCUCAAUCUUUGCCCCCUCACAGGAGCUACUGCAAGUGCGGAGAAUCAGGAUCAAGCCUGGGCUGUGGACAGCGUCGACGUGGAUGGGGACAAAUGGCCGACUAGCAUGUUUCGUGAUUCAUGAUUCAAGGCUGCUUACGAAGUGAACGGCACGAACUAGUCGUGCGCGGAGGACAGGCGGUGCUGUUGUUUUC